UCAUUUUGAGCACAUACUCUCUCCCCAGUUUUAACAUUUCUGAAAUCACGAUGCGUUUUACCAGCUGCUGAGCAUUAGCAUAUGUGGUCGGCUUGCUCACGCCAAAACACAGUUACGUGAUUUUCUUUCAGUUGAGAUACUCGAAAUGAAAUUUGAAUCAGAUUUCUAAUUAUUUUUUUAAAAAUAAUUUAAAGAUAAUCCUAUGAUAUUGUAUUAAAAUUUAAAAAAAUUAAAACCUGUAAUUUCCACUCUGGGAGGCUGAAGCUGGAGGGUCGAAAGUUUGUGUUCAGCGUAUGUAAUCUAGUGAGACCUCGUCUCAAAUUAAAAAAAAAAAAAAUUAAAGGGUGGAGAUGUAACUCAGUGCAGAGGCACUGGGUUCAAUCUCCAGUACCAUCAAAAAUAUAUAAAAGGAAAAGGUUAUAAUAAUGUUAAGAAUUUGCAGCCGUUAUAAUAAUGUUAAGAAUUUCCAGCUCUCGGGAGACAGAGGCAGGAGGAUCGCUGCAAGUUCGAGGCCGGCCUGAACUGCAUAGUUGAAACCCUGUUUCAAAAAAAGACAAGAAAAGAAAAAAAAAAAAAGCUGUAUCUUUAGCUUUGUCGCAAUCAACGUUACAAUCCUGUGAAGUACAGUUACUAUCUCCAUUUCGUAAAUGAAGAAACUGAAGCUCAGAGAGAGAGUCUCAGAGCUUUCAUGUAUAAAUGUCAGGGCUCCAACCAUCUUAUGUCAAAACCUGCUCUCUUAACUGCAGUCUGUAUCCAGGCAGAAGAUCCAUGCGGCUACAAGGUGGGAAGACAAGACAGAGCCUGCACUUGUUGGUUUUGGAGUUCUGGACAUAUGACAGGAACUUCUGGAUCACUCUGUUCCUGCCUUUCGCUCCUCUGGAAGAGUAUGGAGCUCUGCUAUCUCAGGAUACUGAUGAGACCCAGGGAGAAAGUUUAGAAGAGGAAAUGAUUCCUGGACUCGUGACAACAGAAUCCCAGGAAUCAAACUCAUGGCCUUCCACUUGCCAGAAACUGUUGAAUUUCAAGGACAUAUCUGUGGACUUCACCCAGGAGGAGUGGGGACAGCUGGCCCCUGAUCACCGGAAUCUGUACCGGGAGGUGAUGCUGGAGAAUUACAGGAACCUGGUGUCAGUGGCAGGAUAUCAGUUUUCCAAGCCUAGUGUGAUUUCACAGUUGGAGAAAGGAGAAGAGCCAUGGAUGACAGAAAAAGAAGAUCUGGGAGAUCCCAGUACAGACUUGAAGAGUAAAACAGAAACCAGCAAGUCAACUUCAAAGAAUGACAUAUCCCAGGAACAGUUAUAUCAUGGCAUUAUGAUGGAAAGGAUCAUAAGCAGUGAUAUCAUUUAUUCUGCACUGAGAAAAGUCUCCAGAUGUGAUGACGCUUUAGAAGGGCAUCCAGAAACCUGUCAGGCAGAUGUGAGACAAGCCAUUUUGACCCACAAAAAGAGAAACCAAGAAGCUAAAAAAUUUGGGGAAAACAUUGUGAGUUCAAAUGUCAUUUUAGAACAGAAGCAUUAUAAAUGUGACACUCCUAGAAAAAGGAACAAAUACAAAUUAGAUUUGAUUAAUCAUUCAAUGAGUUGUGUAAGAACAAAAAUCUAUGAAUGUAAUAUAUGUGAAAAAAUGUUCAAACAACCCAUUCACCUUACUGAACACAUGAGAAUUCAUACUGGUGAGAAACCUUUCAGAUGUAAGGAGUGUGGAAGGGCCUUUAGUCAAAGUGCAUCUCUUAACACUCACCAGAGAAUCCAUACUGGUGAGAAACCCUUUGAAUGUGAGGAAUGUGGCAAAACCUUCAGACAUCGCUCAUCACUUAAUCAGCAUCACAGAACUCACACUGGGGAAAAACCUUAUGCAUGUGAUAAAUGUCAGAAGGCCUUCAGUCAGAACAUAAGCUUGAUCCAGCAUUUGAGGACUCAUUCUGGAGAGAAACCUUUUACAUGCAAUGAAUGUGGAAAAACCUUCCGACAGAUUAGACACCUUAGUGAACAUGUAAGAAUUCAUACUGGGGAGAAGCCCUAUGCAUGCACUGCAUGUUGUAAAACCUUUAGUCAUAGAGCAUAUCUAACACACCACCAAAGAAUCCAUACUGGGGAGAGACCCUACAAAUGUAAGGAAUGUGGGAAAGCUUUUAGGCAGAGGAUACACCUUAGCAACCAUAAAACUGUUCAUACAGGAGUGAAAGCAUAUGAAUGUGACCGCUGUGGAAAAGCUUACAGGCAUGAUUCAUCCUUUAAGAAACAUCAAAGACAUCACAGUGGAGAAAAACCUUAUGAGUGCAAUGAAUGUGGAAAGUCCUUCAGCUAUAAUUCAUCACUUAGCCGACACCAUGAAAUACACAGAAGGAAUGCGUUCCGAAAUAACGUGUAACAAAUAGUGCUUAUGAGAACAAAAGCCAAAGUCAGUGAUUCUAAAACUUUAAAAUUUCAGGACUCAAAUUUUAAGUUUGAGAAACUGAUAUGAUGGCAACUUUUAAUUUUUUCCACAUGUAAAUAAACACUACAUUUAUAAACUGUCUGCUGACACUUCUAUACAAAAGUACUUAAUAAAACCUGGUCCUUCAAAUUAAA